GUGAACAAUGCGCCUUCCCGUAGAGGAACACGACACCUUUGUAGGAACUUAGAAAAAUAAGGUAAAUUGGAAAAUGCACAAACAGGGGAUUAGAACGAGGGAAGAAGAGACGACGCUAGAGCAGAAGAAGAAAGGUAACCAAAAUCCAGACAGCUCUCUCACACACUCUUAUUCCACUCCUCUCCAAUUCCCACUCUACUCGGCUCAGUUUAGGAGCACACGCAGUUCCUCUCCAUGGCUUCGGCUUCGGCUUCCCGCUUGGCUGCUCACUGACUCACCCCCUCGCGGCGGCGCCUCCUAAAUGUCUGUCAUCGAAACCCCCGCCGUUCACCACCGCAGCGGGGGCGCCUCCGAUCACCACCGUCACCCCUCCAAACGCAAAUUCGACGAUGGCGAGGACGAAGAAUUGUCAGACUUAGUGAGCGUGAGGAUGAAGAAGGAAGAGGCGGUGAAUUCGUGGUCGGAGUUGCGAUCGCACCUGCAGUUCUUUGUGCGAAUGAUGUCCGGCGGAAACACAAUCGUGAUGCAAGCUUAUCCCGACGACAGCGUGAAAUCGAUUCACGAGCGAAUCCAAAGCAUGAAGGGAAUCCCUGUGUUCGAACAGAGGUUAAUCUACAGAGGCAAACAGCUUCAGUGGGAACAGACUCUUGCUGAGUGUUCCAUCCAAAACGACGCUAACCUUCAACUCGUUGGUCGCAUGCGUAGCACGGAGCAUCCACAGGCCUGGCAGGUUAUAAACGACAUGGUCUCUCUCGUUUACCGUCUCUGCCGCGGAGAAACCGUUCGUGAUGCCUUGAAGACUAUCAAGGGAUUGAUCGCCAGUUACUUGAACAUGACCCCAAGAAUUGACAGCGAUUCUGCGUCUGGGUAUUUUCAGAUUUUCAUGUCUUCUAAUGCUCCUGAGGUGCUGGUUAUGCUCUAUAUGUCUCCCUUUGCAGGUAACAAGGACUGUGCUGAUUCUUCUGUUAGACAUUUUUUGAGUUCUUGUUGUAAUACCUUGUGUAAGGCGUUGCACGGCCAGUGUGCGCGUGUGGUGUUGGAGUUUUGUAAAUUGCUUAGGAGAGUGGGGUAUCAGGACCCUUUGUAUCUCUAUUGUCGGAGUACUUUUGGGUCAUUGUUGGAAACAGCUGGGGUUUCCUAUGCUGGCUCUGAUAAUGGCAAAGGGAUGAUUUUGAUUCAAGACAUUUUCCCCUUUGUUCGUGAGCUUGCUAGAAGCUUGUUGAGGGACUUGGAUUUGAGUAUGGAAUCCCCCUCUGCUGCCGGGCUUUUGUUGAACGAUGUUGGUGAUUUUACUGCCUUCUUAAUACCUUUGAGAACUGGAAUCAUGGAGCUCCAGGCUAUCAAGGAUUCUAUGCCUCAAGACAAACGUCAUAAGGACCUCUUGCUUGCCGAAGAGAUUGGACACCUUCAUCGUUUGUACAUUGAUUUGUUGAACAAAAUUGAACAGUGCCUUCAAAAGAUGGAGCAAAGUUUGGCAGGUCAGGAGAUUGCGGAAGGGGACAAUGUUUGUCCUGCGUGGUCUCAUUAUCUUACCAUCUUGAAGGAGUUGAAUAAAAUUUCUAAGCUUUAUGAUGGUGCUGAGGAAAAGCUUUGGAGUGUUUUGACACGCCAAAGAAGUGUGCUGUGUCAACUAAUUGUUCGGUAUGCGAAGAGAACUGAUGAGCAUCAGUGGAUUCUUGAGCACAGGUGUGUGACCAAUUUUGAGUCUCGAAGGCAUUUGGCCAUGAUGAUGUUCCCGGAGGUAAAAGAAGACUAUGAGGAGUUGCAUGAGAUGCUUAUUGACAGAUCUCAGUUAUUGGCUGAAUCUUUUGAAUACAUAGCUCGUGCUGAACCUGAAUCUCUACAUGCUGGCCUGUUUAUGGAAUUCAAAAAUGAGGAAGCUACUGGCCCAGGUGUUCUUAGGGAGUGGUUUCUCCUGGUAUGUCAAGCAAUAUUCAAUCCACAAAAUGCUCUUUUUGUGGCCUGCCCAAAUGAUCGGAGGAGGUUUUUCCCCAAUCCUGCUUCUAAGGUACAUCCUCUGCACCUUGAGUACUUCAGCUUUGCUGGUCGAAUUAUUGCAUUAGCUUUGAUGCAUAGGGUGCAAGUCGGUAUUGUUUUUGAUCGUGUGUUUUUCUUGCAAUUGGCUGGAAACUAUAUUACUUUAGAAGAUAUAAGGGAUGCAGAUCCUUGUCUGUAUACCAGCCUCAAGCAAAUAUUGGAGAUGGAUUCUGAUUUCGUUGAUUCAGAUGAAUUAGGACUGACAUUUGUUAGAGAGGUGGAGGAAUUAGGACACAGGAAAGUGGUUGAGCUCUGCCCUGAUGGGAAAACCCUUGUAGUAAAUAGUAAGAACAGGGAGAAGUAUGUUGAUCUUCUAAUACAGGAUCGCUUCGUAACAUCUAUUUCUGAGCAGGUGUCACAUUUUGCCAAAGGUUUUGCUGAUAUUCUUUCAAACUCAAAGCUCCAGCAGUACUUCUUUCAAAGUUUACAGCUUGAAGAUCUUGAUUGGAUGCUGCAUGGGAGUGAAGAUACCAUUUCUGUUGAAGAUUGGAAAACACACACCGAGUACAAUGGCUAUAAAGAGACAGAUAUUCAGAUAUCUUGGUUUUGGGAGAUUGUUGGGAGAAUGACAGCAGAACAAAGGAAGGUUCUUCUAUUCUUUUGGACAUCUGUAAAAUAUUUACCGGUCGAAGGUUUCCGUGGUUUAGCUUCCCGUCUCUACAUAUACAGAUCCCAUGAACCCGGUGAUCGCCUUCCUUCAUCUCACACUUGCUUUUACCGGCUGUGUUUCCCAGCUUAUUCAUCUAUGGCUGUCAUGCAAGAUCGUCUUGAUGUCAUCACUCAAGAACACAUUGGCUGCAGUUUUGGUACUUGGUGAAUACACCUGCAAUCUGGAUAGAAGUGGUUUUGACUGCACAUAGAAUUAUCGUUGUACAGAUUAUAGGAGUAUUCCAUCUAUCUUCUAAUUGGAAAAUGUGGGAAAAUUCUCUAGUGCUGUUUUUCAAAGUAGUCACGGGUUGCAGUGUCAUUGGUCUUUGUCAAAUGUUUAUAUGGAUAAAGUAUAAAUAAAAACAGGAUUGAAACAAAAAGAAUUCGAUCUCUCUAUGAUCUAGCAUUGCUGUUCUAAUGAAAUUUGCUUAUUUCGUUGUGCCAUGGACAUGGUGGAUAUGCCAUAACAAUCAAGUUUGGAUUUGGGGUAAUCGUGCUCAAAGAGCAACUCUUCGCCCCAAAAUCAAGUAAGGGUUGUUUUAGUGGGCUUACGGCUUGCUGCUGCCUCCUCCCUCGUAACUAGUUUAGGUCAAACUAUGUGGUUGUUUUGUUAUAAAUUGUAUUUGUUUAGAAAUAAUAAAUAAUAACUAAUGUCAUAAGUUUUGG